GGGGAGGUGCGAAAAAUAUGGAACGCUUCACGAAUUUGCGUGUCAUCCUUGCGCAGGGGCCAUGCUAAUCUUCUCUGUAUCGUUCCAAUUUUAGUAUAUGUGCUGCCGAAGCGAGCACGAACUGCACAGAGCCCGCGGCGCUAUUUAAAGCCUUACAAACACAAAAUAUUCACAAUAGGGUGACUGCGGUGUGGUUCACUAUGGAACGCAGAAUUAGUCGCCUCGAGUGUUUAUCCAUGUUUUUGUCCCCAAUUUUGCCCAGUUUUUCCCUAAAAUGUCCAAAAUCCGCCGACUGUGCUCGCGAGCCCUGCGCGGUGCGUUCUGGGUAGUUUGUUAUGCUAAUGAGCCACGGCGCGGCUCUCUCUGGGGUGUCCGCGGCAGUGCCUGAGCGCGCGGCGCAGGCGCGGCGCGGGCAGCCGCGGGUCCUGGCAGCGGCGGCGGCGCCGGUGCGUGCGGCCGGGCCGGGCCCGGGACCGCCGGUGCCAGCCGGGCCCCUCCGAGGCCUUCCCGCCAGCCCCGAGCCCCUCCGAGGCCUUCCCGCCAGCCCCGAGAACCCCCGGCACCUCCCCCAGUCCGUGCCCAGGACGCUCCCGCCCGCCGUAGGGUCGGUACCGGCGGGCCGCUCCCUCCGCCUCUCCCGCAGGACCGAGGCUGUCCCGUGUCCGGUGUCCGGUGUCCGGUGUCCCGGCGGGAUGGACCUGGCCUACGUGUGCGAGUGGGAGAAGAAGCCCAAGAGCAACCACUGUCCCUCCAUCCCGCUGGUGUGCGCCUGGUCCUGCCGCAACCUCAUCGCCUUCACCACCGACCUCCGCAACGAGGAGGAGAAAGAUCUCACCCACAUGGUUCACAUCAUCGACACCGAGCACCCCUGGGACGUCUACUCCGUGAACUCGGGCCACGCUGAGGUCAUCACGUGUCUGGAGUGGGAUCAGUCAGGCUCCAGGCUGCUCUCGGCAGAUGCUGAUGGCCACAUCAAGUGCUGGAGCAUGACAGAUCACCUGGCCAACAGCUGGGAGAACACGGUGGGCAGCGUGGUGGAGGGGGACCCCGUGGUGGCCCUGUCCUGGCUGCACAACGGUGUCAAGCUGGCUCUGCACGUGGAGAAGUCUGGAGCCUCCAACUUUGGCGAGAAGUUCUCCCGGGUGAAGUUCUCGCCGUCGCUGACUCUGUUUGGCGGGAAGCCCAUGGAGGGCUGGAUUGCUGUGACCAUCAGCGGGCUGGUCACCGUGUCCCUGCUGAAGCCCAACGGGCAGGUGCUGACGGCCACCGAGAGCCUGUGCCGCCUGCGCUGCCGCGUGGCCUUGGCCGACGUCGCCUUCACGGGCGGGGGCAACAUCGUGGUGGCCACCUCCGAUGGCAGCAGCACGUCCCCCGUGCAGUUCUACAAGGUGUGUGUCAGCGUGGUGAACGAGAAGUGCAAGAUCGACACCGAGAUCCUGCCGUCGCUCUUCAUGCGCUGCACCACCGACCCCGCGCGCAAGGACAAGUACCCGGCCAUCACCCACCUCAAGUUCCUGGCUCGGGACAUGUCAGAGCAGGUGCUGCUUUGUGCUUCCAACCAAAACAACAGCAUCGUGGAGUGCUGGUCCCUGAGGAAGGAGGGCCUGCCUGUCAACAACAUCUUCCAGCAAAUCUCUCCUGUGGUGGGAGACAAGCAGCCCAUGAUCCUGAAGUGGCGGAUCCUGUCUGCCACCAACGACCUGGACCGGGUGUCGGCCGUGGCGCUGCCCAAGCUGCCAAUCUCCCUGACCAACACCGACCUGAAGGUGGCAAACGACACCAAGUUCUUCCCUGGACUGGGCCUGGCCUUGGCUUUCCAUGAUGGCAGUGUCCACAUCGUGCACCGGCUGUCCCUGCAGAUGAUGGCCGUGUUCUACGGCUCCUCCUCGCAGCGCCCCGUGGACGAGCCGGCCCUCAAGCGCCCACGCACCACUGGGCCCCUGGUGCACUUCAAGGCCAUGCAGCUCUCCUGGACAUCACUGGCCCUGGCUGGUGUGGACAGUCACGGGAAGCUGAGCAUGCUCCGCAUCUCCCCCUCCAUGGGCCACGUGCUGGACAUGAACAUGUCCCUGAGGCACUUGCUGUUCCUGCUGGAGUACUGCAUGGUGACUGGCUACGACUGGUGGGACAUCCUGCUGCACGUCCAGCCCAGCAUGGUGCAGAACCUGGUGGAGAAGCUGCACGAGGAGUACAUGCGUCAGAAUGCAGCCCUGCAGCAGGUGCUCUCCACACGCAUUGUUGCCAUGAAGGCAUCCCUGUGCAAGCUCUCCUCCAGCACCAUUGCCCGUGUGUGUGACUACCACGCCAAGCUCUUCCUCAUUGCCAUCAGCUGCACCCUGAAGUCGCUGCUGCGCCCACACUUCCUCAACACCCCUGACAAGAGCCCCGGGGACCGGCUCACCGAGAUCUGCUCCAAGAUCACGGAUGUAGACAUUGACAAGGUGAUGAUUAACCUGAAGACAGAAGAGUUUGUCCUGGAGAUGACGACGUUGCAGUCCCUGCAGCAGCUCAUCCAGUGGGUGGGGGAUUUUGUGCUCUACCUGCUGGCCAGCCUUCCCAACCAGGGCUCCCCGGUGCGCCCUGGGCACAGCUUCCUGCGCGACGGCGCGUCCCUGGGCAUGUUCCGCGAGCUGAUGGUGGUCAUCCGCAUCUGGGGGCUGCUGAAGCCCAGCUGCCUGCCCGUGUACACGGCUACCUCGGACACCCAGGACAGCAUGUCCCUGCUCUUCCGCCUCCUGACCAAGCUCUGGCUGUGCUGUCGUGAGGAAAAUCACAUCACAGAGCCCGAUGAUGCCCUGAUUGAUGAGUGCUGCCUCCUGCCCAGCCAGCUGCUCAUUCCCAACAUUGACUGGCUGCCCAUCAACGAUGGCAUCAUCAGCAAGCUGCAGAACAAGCAGCUGGUCCGGCUGCAGUUUGGGAAGGCUCCUGGGCUCGUUGGCCACACUGUCUCUUCCCAGUUCGAUGCCUUUGUCAGGGCCCCUGGACAGCCCAAAAUUGACCACCUGAGGCGGCUGCACCUGGGUGCAUACCCCACAGAGGAAUGCAAGUCCUGUACCAGGUGUGGCUGUGUCACCAUGCUGAAGUCACCCAACAAGGUGACAGCAGUGAAGCAGUGGGAGCAGCGCUGGAUCAAGAACUGCCUGUGUGGGGGGCUCUGGAGGAAGAUGCCCCUCAGCUACUCCUGAGCCCUUCCCGGGGUGCAGUGAGGGCCAAGAGCUGCACAGGGCUCCCUUCACAGAGGAUUUGGGACAAGGGCAUGGCAGCUCCUCUCCCUCAUGCUGCAAAAGCUGCUGCUCGUCGUUGGUUGAGCUGUGCUGGAAAACAGCUGAGGGGACUCUGCCUCUUAGAUCUGGAGAGGAAUGCCAGAGGUUCCCCCCUCAUUUGGGGCCCAGGAGGGAGAGCCUGGCUGUGUUUUUGUCUGUGCCAGCAGAGCAGCAACGUCCUGGCAGCUGCCCUGGCCUGGGCAGAGUGGUGAUGGGGCAGCUGGUGAGAACAGAGUCCCAGCUGAGGGGGGCACAGCUGGUACCUCACACCCAUCCUGUGCCUCUGGCUGCUUGGGAAGUGCCACGUGGGCUGGGCACUCCUGAUCCCUCAGCAGACUUGUCCCUGCGACAGGAGUUGGCUCCUGUGUGCCCAUCAGUGUUGGAUGGGAGCAGGAAUGAGUGCUGCUGCCUGGAGUGAACCCUGCCUCUGCCUCUUGCUGUUGUAAAUAAAAAUUCUCCAGAUUUUGUACAGGA